CGUGACUCUUGUUUCUUCGUGUCCAAGACUAGCGAAACAUGGCAUUUCGGCCCUCCGGACCCUCACCCUCGGUGCUGCACUCGUGGUUUCCAAUUCCUCCCUUCGUUUUUUUUGCGGCUGCUGUUGCUUCUUGUUUCGUGUUUCGUGCUCAUAGUCAGUUCUAGAGCAUCAAGGUGAAUCGUUCGUGCCUAUCUCGAGCCACGUCGGCGAUCUGGCUCACACCACUCUCGAGCCUUUCACUCCAUGAGUCCGGUACGUUGCCUCUAGUGUACGACUUGUCCAUCAGCGCGCCAUCCAGACGUAGGAAGAGAUGGCUGGCCCUCCCUUGACAAGACAAAUAUGGACGCUCACGAAGAAGAACCUGCGCAUUUCUCUGCAGCGGCACUGGCUGUCGACUUUGAUACGCGCACUGCUUGCGCCCACCAUAUACAUGUUCUUUAUAUCGUACAUGAAGAACUUGUUUGUGCCACCCUCUGAGUUUGGCAUUGGCACUCCGGUGCCUAUUCGCGGAUUCAUCGACGCGUUACAAGCAAGCCAAGGUGGAAGAGAUACUGUUGCAUUUGUGAAGAAUGGCCACAAUGGCGGACAGAUAGAGGAUCUGAUUAACUACUUGAGUGUUUACGUCACCACGGCGGGCAAGAUGGUGACGGUGCUGGAUACCGAGGAUGAGCUGUUGACUGUGUGUAGGAACAGCUUGAGAGGCUCAAGUAGCUGCUAUGGUGCUGCCGUAUUCUACUCAAGCCCAACAGAGGGAGAAAGUGGUUACUGGAACUACACGUUGCGAGCGGACAGUGCUCUGGGCGAACGAAUUUAUGUCAACCGUCAUGACAAUGACCAGGAGAUCUACGUACUGCCUUUUCAGCAUGCGAUUGAUCUUGCGAUCGUGAAUGAAUUUGGAAACGGGUCCUCCAGUCUUCCCGAUGAAAUCAACGAGUAUCCAUAUACCGACAUGACCCAACAAGAGAGAAGCGACCAAAUCCGGAGAAUCUACAUGAACGCGGUCAUUACCAUUCUAGGCAUUGCAUAUAUUCUCGGCAUUAUAGGUGUUGUCUAUCACCUGGUCGGCCGCAUGGCAUUGGAGAGGGAGCUGGGCAUGUCGCAACUCAUCGAAGCAAUGGUUCCCAAUAAACAUCGCUGGCAGACACAAGCUGUUCGACUGCUUGCCCUUCACUUCGCAAUGGACAUCAUCUGGCUGCCCAGCUGGAUCGUUACCGGUGUGAUCCUCAAAGUCUUGGUCUACACGAAAACCAGCUUUGGGAUCGUGGUCAUUUGGCAGGUCCUCUCUGGCCUCGCCUUCUCGAGCUGGUCAAUUCUCGGCGGCAGCUUUUUCAGCAAGGCGCAGCUUUCCGGCAUAUCAGUCAUCAUUGUAUCACUCAUCCUGGCCAUUUUAGCGCAGGUCUUGACGCCGAAUGGCUUAGGUAGUAUUGUUAUUCUCUCUCUGCUGUUCACUCCGAUGAACUAUAUCUUUACGGUUAUAGAUCUGGGACGAUGGGAGCACAACGGUCAGGCCGCCGACCUUUUCCAGUCUUCACCUCCCCGCAUCGGAUCAAGUGAGUGGGAACUUCCAGUCCUCACGCUAUGGGUGUUCCUUCUCCUUCAGAUCGUCCUCUAUCCAAUAUUGGGGGCUCUGGUCGAACGUACCAAAUACGGAACCGCUUCAAAAGCCAGGAAAGUUCUAUUCAAGACGUCGCCGGACUCUGUAGACGCGAUCAUCCUUCGUGACUUUCAAAAAAGCUACGUGCCAAGUUGGUGGUCCCGUAGGGUACUUUCUCUGCUCGAUAGUGAGAAAAAGAAUGUAGUGAAUGCCGUCAAGUGCUUGAAUCUGAAAGUCAUGCGCGGCCAGAUUUUGUGCUUACUCGGUGCAAAUGGCAGUGGCAAAAGUACGACUUUGGAUGCGAUCACUGGAUUGGGAACCGUAACUGGAGGGGAGAUCAUCGUCAAUGGUACUGGCGGGAUUGGGUAUUGUCCACAAAAGAAUGUGCUUUGGGAUGAGCUGACAGUGUUUGAGCACGUGUCGAUCUUCAACAGAUUGAAGUCCUUAAACAAGCCAGCCGGAAAAGAAGAUGUCUUUGACUUGAUACGAGCAUGCGAUCUCGAAUCUAAGAUACUUGCAAAGGCGAAGACACUUUCUGGAGGACAGAAGAGGAAGCUUCAGCUAGCCAUGAUGUUUGCAGGCGGCAGCCAUGUAUGCUGCAUCGAUGAAGUCUCUUCUGGCCUUGACCCGCUGUCACGGCGUAAAAUCUGGGAGAUCCUGUUAAGAGAGCGAAAUUCGAGAAGCCUUCUCCUUACAACCCAUUUUCUGGAUGAAGCCGAUGUUUUGAGUGAUUUCAUUGUCCUUAUGUCAAAGGGCGAUGUUAAAGCCAAAGGUUCAGCCGCCGAGCUCAAACACAGAUUCGGUGGCAACUAUCGUGUUGAGGUCAAGAAACCAAAACUAGUCGGCACCGGACUGAAUGAGGCUUCCAAAUUCUCUGCAGAGUUCAACGCUUCUGACGAAAGCUACACCUUUGAGUGUCUUGACUCUGCAGAGGUGGCUCGUCUGUUGCAAGAAAUCGAGAAUGAAGGGUUUGAAGAUUACACCGUCCAUGGUCCAUCUAUUGAAAGUGUCUUCUUAAAUCUUUGUGAGGAAGCUCAUGAAGAGAAGGCCUCGGAGACUUGGUCGUGGCACGACGCAACGACAACAACUGUAAAGGAGGGAGAGGAGCAAGCAGAAGCUACCCCAAUUCGUUACGUCCGACCGAAGCAAGAAAAUUUUCUCCCUGCCUCGAGCGGUUCAGCUUCGGACGGCUCAUUUCCAGUCAAAAAUUCAAAGGGCCUCGAUCUGGUGUCUGGGUCUGGAACUUCCUUCGUCUCGCAAACAUGGAUUUUGUUCAAAAAAAGGCUCACAGUUCUGCGACGAAACUACAUCCCCUACGUGAUUUCAGUGGCCCUUCCCGUUGUCGUUGCUGGCCUGGUUACAUUUUUUCUCAAAGAUUUCCAAGGUUUAACUUGUUCUCCGCAGGCUCAGUCCAGUGUCCCCGAUGUUGAAUCAUUCUCUACCGAAACCAACAUUUUCUUUCUUGCCGGACCCACAGACCGAGCAAAUACAAGCAUUGUCGCUUUGCUAUCAGCCAUGAACUCGAGCCUGGUUCGCUUUGUAAAUUCCUACGAUGACUUUCAAAAUGCUAUCACGCAGCAAUACAAUAGCAUUGCUCCUGGAGGCAUCUAUGUCGAAGAUACUCCAACCAUAGCAUACGUCGGAAACUACGUUCUAUACUUCGCGGUUCUCAUGCAGAAUAUUCUCGACCAGAUAUUAUCUGGUCAGACAAUCGCAACACAGUUUAAGCAAUUCGCCGUCCCUUUUGCACCUUCCGCGGGCCACACACUGCAGCUCAUAUUCUACUUUGGCUUGUCAAUGACUGCGUUCCCAGGCUUCUUUGCUCUAUACCCAACGCGAGAGCGAUUGCAAAAGGUUCGCGCACUUCAUUACAGCAAUGGCAUUCGCGCGGGCCCGCUUUGGUUAGCGUACACCUGCUUCGACUUCGUCUUCGUUCUGGCUGUGGCCGUACUGGUCACCGCAAUCUGGCUCGCAGUCAGCAACGUUUGGUACAACAUGGGAUAUGUUUUUGUGGUCUUCAUGCUCUACGGGUUGACGUCAAGUCUGCUGUCUUACGUAUUUUCACUUUACACAACUUCGCUCUUGGCUAGCUUUGCAUGGUCCGUUGGUUACCAGGCUGCGAUGUUUACGAUCUACUUUGUCGCUUAUAUGACUAUUCUCACCUUCCGCCCGGCAUAUGCUAUUGAUUCUGACAUCAAACUGGCUCACUUCACCUUGGCACUCAUAACCCCUUCUGGAAAUCUUCUUCGCUCUUUGCUUUUAACUCUCAAUGAGUUCUCUGUGCUCUGUGAUGGGAACGAAGUAGCAGCUUAUCCUGGUGCGUUAGAUGUGUUUGGAGGACCGAUCCUAUAUCUCAUCGUCCAAGCCUGUUUGCUAUUUACUUGGCUGGUCUGGUACGAUUCAGGCUAUCAGUUUACGUAUCUCCAGGAUUGUAGUGGAUUGAAGAAGUUCAUACGCCGUCCUCUUAAUGAGAAAAGAGGCCGCGGCGAUGACAAUGUCGCGGAGCCUACACCUACAGGGUUGGCGAAUUCAGGCCUGCUGGUCCAACACAUUAUCAAAUCUUUUGGCGAAAUAACUGCCGUCGAAGAUAUCACCUUUGGUGUAGCACCUUCAGAAUGCUUUGCAUUGCUUGGACCAAACGGUGCGGGUAAAUCUACGACAAUCAGCUUAAUUCGUGGCGAUCUACGUCCUGAUCAUGGCGAUGUGCUAAUACAAGGUGCAAGUGUGACAUCUCGGCGCAUGCUCGCUCGAAAGCAGCUCGGAGUCUGUCCCCAGUUCGAUGCUAUGGAUAACAUGACUGUCACAGAACACUUACGUUUUUAUGGCCGCGCUAGGGGCGUGAAGGAACCAGAUCACAACGUAGACGCGCUUAUUGCUGCAGUCAACUUGAACGAGUACCGCGAUCGAUUAGCGCAUAAACUCUCAGGUGGCAACAAGCGCAAGCUUUCGUUAGCUAUUGCGUUAGUUGGCAAUCCAGCUGUGCUUUUGCUCGAUGAGCCGAGUUCAGGAAUGGAUGCUGCAAAUAAACGGUUCUUGUGGAAAGCACUUGUCGGGGUUUCAGAAGGACGUAGUAUGCUAAUUACGACUCAUUCGCUUGAAGAAGCUGAUCGUCUUGCCAACAAAGUUGGGAUUAUGGCUACGCGCAUGCUGGCCUUGGGAACGAGUGAAGAGCUGCGGGAUAAAUUUGGAGAAAAUCUUUAUGUACAAAUCGCACUUAAAGGAGCUCCACAUGUUCCAGAGACAAAAACAAGAGAGGUCAAAUCCUGGAUUGAAAAUCAUAUCGACGGUGCUCAGGUUGAGGAACGUUUGUGGUACGGCCAGCUUAGAUUCAGUGUUCCGAUCAGGUCUUGUGGGAUUGCACGUCUAUUCAAGAUUCUUCAAGAGAAUCAGGAAACCCUCGAUCUCGAGUAUUAUAGUGUGAGCAGGGCCACGCUAGAUCAGAUUUUCCUCGAAGUGAUCACCAGGUAUAAGGUGACAGAAGAAGGAACUACAAGACAUAAACGAAAAAGGAAAUGGUGGAGAGCCAUACUUGAUGAUGCAUAAAAAAGUAUUGUGUAAUUUCAAUUCUUGAAAGCCAAUGUACAAAUAUGUCAGAUCUUGUCGUAUCGUGUACAUAGUGAAGAGCUUGGAUCGGAAGAGAUGGUAUUGACCGGACUGAAGACAUUAUUGCAUCCGCUGCUAAACUUGGUAAUUCUCUCGCACUUCGCGUGUAUGUUUGUGGAUUAAAUUACUUAAGAUCGAGAACAUGGCUUAACCGAAAAUGAUCAGUGACUGCACAAGAAUGAGUCGCACUUUGAC